UUCAAGUUUGAAGCAUAACCGUUGUUGGCCAUGGCAACAAAAGGUUUGGUGAUGUAUUUGAUAACGGGUUUCUCUCUGGCCGUGCUAUCUGUAUACUUUAUCAACAACCAUUCCAUCAAUGUCGGACCCGUGGUUCUUUCAUCUUCGGCCUCAAACGUUUUACAAAAUUCUUCAGGACCUGAUUCCAAAGUUUGGCCGGAAUUGAGGUUUAGUUGGAGAAUUGUAUUGGCAACUAUAAUAGGAUUCUUGGGUUCAGCUUGUGGAACGGUGGGUGGUGUUGGUGGGGGAGGCAUCUUUGUUCCUACGCUUACUUUGAUUGUUGGGUUCGAUACCAAAUCUGCAGCUGCCAUUUCAAAAUGUAUGAUAAUGGGAGCAUCAGCAUCAUCAGUUUGGUACAACUUGAGGGUGCCUCAUCCAUGCAGAGAAGUGCCAAUAAUUGACUAUGAUUUGGCACUAGUUUUCCAGCCCAUGCUCAUGCUUGGCAUUACACUUGGUGUGGCUCUCAGUGUUGUCUUCCUCUAUUGGCUCAUCACGAUCUUAAUCAUCGUUCUUUUCUUGGGGACUUCAUCAAGGUCCUUUUUUAAGGGGAUAGAGAUGUGGAAAGAAGAGACGAUUUUGAAGAAACAAAUUGCAGAACAACAAAAAACUUUUGUCAAUGCUCGUGGGGAACUUCUGAUUAAUACUGAGUAUGAGUCACUGGUUCCUAAAGAGGAGAAAACUGUAUUGCAAAUUAUGAGGGACAACCUUAAUGUAAAGCGAUUUCUGGUGCUAAUUCUUGUAUGG